AUGGCCGAUAAUGAUAAUGAUGCACCACAAGUUUAUCUGUUAGGUAAAACCUAUUUAGCUAACAAUCAAGGACAAUUUUAUAUUCGAAAUGAUCCUAUUGUUAAUAUGGCUGCUGGUGAUCGACAUACGAUUAUUGUUACUGAGAGUGGUCGUGCAUUUGCUUUUGGUGAUAAUAGUUCAGGUCAAUUGGGUCUUGGUCAUACAAAUAAUGUUGACAAAGUUUCAUGUAUUAAAAGUUUAAAAUUCGGAGAUACAGGUGAAAGAGUUAUAUUGGCUGCAUGUGGUCGUGAAUCAUCAUUAGUUGCUACAAAUCAUGGUUCAAUCUAUGCAUUUGGUUCAAAUAGUCGUUCACAAUUAGGAAUUAAAUCACCCGAUUCAAACACAGUUAAUCCUCAACCUGUUAAAAUCGAUAGUUUUAAAAACAAAAUGGUUUGGAAACAAAUAGCUAUGGGUGCUGAACAUUCAUGUGCAUUAACUGAUGAAGGUGUAGUAUAUGUUUGGGGUGCAAAUGAUGAUGGUCAAUGUGCACAACCGCGUAAAAAUGAUGUAGUGCCAAUACCAAUGGAACUUCGAGUAGAAUGUCAAAUUAAUGCUAUAUCAUGUGGAUAUUAUCAUACAGCAUUAGUUGAUGAAAAUGGUCAUUUAUUAUUAUUUGGAAAUAAUGAUGAUAGACAAUUAGGACGUUCAAUGCCUGAUAAAUUUGCCGGUCCAAUAGAAGUUUCAAUCCCAAAUAAAGUUAAGGCUGUUGCUUGUGGAAAUCAACAUACUGUUGUAUUGACUGUUAAUGGAGAAGUAUAUGCAUGUGGACAUGGUGAUCGUGGUCAACUUGGUCUUGGCCCUAGAGUUUUUUCAGCAGAAACCUUUGAAAAUGUUCAAGGUUUACCCAAACGUCUCGCAGCUAUUGCUGCUGGUGAAGCUCAUACAGUUGUUCUUACUGUUCGUGGUGAUAUGUAUGUAUUUGGUGAUGGUAAACAUGGAAAAUUAGGUUCACCAACACAUUCGAAUGAAUUUGAACCAUGUUUAGUUGACAAAUUUAAAACAUACAAUGUCUUAAAAGUUGUUUGUGGUGGUUGUCAAACAAUAAUUCUUGCUCAAAAGAAAACUGGUGAACAUAAACAAUCAUCAGAAAGUGAAGAAGAUAUUGGAAAUACAACACUUUCAAUAACUCAACGUCCAAAAAGUCGAGCACGAAGUAUGCGUCAUAAAACACUAACUGAUCGUACACAUACAGUUGGUGAUUCAACUGAUGCAGCCAUUCGUCAUGUUCGACCACUGGGAGCAUCAAAUCAUUUACGUGUUGAAUCUGAUGAUGAUAAAUCUGAUAAGGAAUUAUCUGAAUCAUUAAAAAGUGCUACAUUUAAUCAAACACAUACAAUAACAAAUGGUAGAUUUCUUCCAACACAAAGUCCAACAUUAAAUCGUACUGGUUUCCGCACAAAUGAUGGAGAACAUAAACCAUUAAGAACAGGUGCCUUAGAUCGUACAGUUCGUCUCAAUAAAGAUACAGAUGAUUCAAUGAAAACAAAUAAUCGUUUUCCAUCAAUUGAUAAAUCUUCUACACGUAAUACACGAUUCGACCGUACAAGUCCACAACCUAUAAGAAGAAAAGAAGAUUCAGAUGAAGACAAAUCAUCAUCGGAAGAAACACCAAAACCGUUGACUAAGAAACCUGAACGAUUAUCCCCACCAUUACGAAAUGAUCGAAGAAGUUCUCCUAUAUCACGACGUAAAGAUGAUAGUGAAAGUGAUGAUAAUAAAUUUAGACGUCCAUCUCCUGUUAAAGCACCUAUGAGUGAAACGUUAAAUCGAAAAUCUCGUACACAUAAUCGAUCGGAUGAUGAUGAAGAAGAAGACGAAGAAGAAGAAGAUAAUCAGAGAUUAUCUAGUCGUCGAAACAAACAACCACCACCACCAACUGUUGCACGCCGAAGUUCAUUACCACCUCAAACACGUUCAGGAGCACCUAUUUCAUCAGCACGCGACGGAAAUCAAACCAUUGGUUCAAAACCAGUAGAUGGUGUUCGAGGUAGUUUUCGUUCACCAGCAACAAAAACACUUGCCAAACCAAAUACAACAACUUCAAAUGUUGAAACAACAAAAAAAGAAACACCACCUGCUCCACAACCAGGUUUUUUUGCACGACUUUUUGGUUCAAAAUCAACAUCAACACCAUCUCCACCACCAUCACAGCCGGCAAAAACACCAGCAACAAAUACUAAUUCAAGAACAUGUUCAAUUAUGUAG